GUGCAAUGUACGCCAUGGACUGGCAGAUUGAUCUUCUUCUGACUAGCUUCAAGGUGAGUUUUCUUCUUAUUUCAAAGUAUUCUUAGCGCAGCAUAGAUUUUGCCCUCUUAAAACAUGGAAUAUUACAUCACUGAUACGGUUUUCCGUAUCAUAGAAGCUCGAUUUUCCCACACUGAACGCAUAAUUUGUUUUGCAUAAGAAACCCUUGACGACCGCUUGAUAAUUGAAUCCUUUGUACCAGCUUUUAUUUCCAAAUUACCACAAUUGAAUGCAUUACAGAUUAAAAGGAAGUGUCUAAUAAAAGUAUGAAUAUUAAUGUCGCGAGGUCUUUGUGAUCUUGCAUAAUUUGGUUGCGAAGCAAAUCGAGUUGAUUGUUUUAGAACGCGCCAUUUUUUUCUUUGCAGUAAAACAUGACGCACAGAACAGAGUAAGUAAUGAUCAACAAAUUCGGUGCUAAUACAGGUUCUUUGUUUGCUGCGUUCAAAAAAAGGAUUGACAAAAUUGCUUUUUUAUCAAGAAAUCGUAAGUGAGGCAGUUUAUUAUUUAAUUAUUGAUGCGUUGAAGUAGUUCAAUACAGAUUGUAAACAAAGUCAGAACAGGUCAUCAAAAAUUUAUACCUUCCUCACAGCUUGAGUGAACAGUCGAAAUCUUUUGAUGCAGUAUCAGUACAUCGCAUUUUUAUGCUUCGUGAAGUAACUACAGAUAAUUUUCGACGCCUGCCACACAGGCUAAUGCUACUACCAACUCCAGUUUAUUUUACUUUUAUAGAACUUAGAAGCAAACGUGGUCUGAAUUAAUGAUAUUUGUACAGCAUUUUAUUGUGCGGAGCAUAACGAUUUUCUAUGCUUGAUCGCAACAUUAACCAACAAUAGUAGAAAUUAUCUAACUUUUUACUAAUUAUUGCUGUUGUGUGUUUCUUCUGGAGACCCCUAAGGUUAUUGUUCAACAUCCCUAAAUUCAAUUUUGUCUUCUUCCUCAUAGUUUGAAUGAGUGCAAAUAGAUUUACUUAUAAUUCAGUCUCAUUUGCAGUUAACGGCUUUCGUCACUUUAAGGGGACUUUUGCUUACUAAGGGAAAAACUAAGGCCUAGGCCAAAUGUCAAACUUUUCAUGACAUGUGUAAAAACUAAUCGAACUGCCUGACUCAACACUCUAAACAAGACACAUCAUGGUGUGUUCCAACGACAACUGUAUUCCUCAUAGCAUUGUGGGUAAUGACAGCUUGCUUAGGCCCGGUUACUCAAUAUAUUACACUACUUCUCCUCAUACAAGAGAUACAAACAACAAUGGUACAGAAACAUAAACAGCAGCCUAAGCUACAGAUUAAGUCGAUCAACCGGUUUUCUGUUUCUCAACGAUCGCCUCAAAAUGACUGGCGAUGAUUCUUUACAAGGACUAGGUUCCGAUUCCUCAUUGGUAGGCUGCGAUACAUCAUUAGAAACUAAUUCAGUGUCUAGAACCGGAACAGAUUGUUGGUCACAUAACUGAGCAACUGAUAUCUCAAUUUCACAAGCUUCAUUUGGCCUUUUAUCAUGAGCCCUAAUUAAAUGACCAGCAUGAACGUAUCUAGUCUUAUGUCCAGUUUUCACUAAAUAAAUUCUAGGUCCACACACCUUAAUUACCCUUCCCAGGAUCCACUUCACAAUAUUAGAGAGUUUUAGAUCUGAGUUUACCGCAAACCUCUAACCGCGGUUUGCGGUUACCCGUUUGCGGUUCGACGUUGAAACAUAAUUCGAUUUAGAUUGGUGGUGGAUUAAAGAAGUGGAUUCUGGUUUAUUUUUCCAUUUAGAAAUAGAAGAAAAAUCAAUCAGAGAAAAUAAGAGAGAUUUACGGUAGCACUGGGUUAUCUAUCAGCAAAGAGCUGUAAAUUCUUACAUUAGUUCUUCUUGCAAUUAAUUUUUAUGGCUGCCAUUUUGAAUCAGCAGCAAUGAAUGGCACUUGUUUUCAAGAUCCAAUAGGAUUUUUCAAAUUUAGCAUUUUGUCCAAAUUUUUGCAUCUGUUAAUGGAUAAAGACUUGCUCCACUAGAAUUUUGUAUCAUUAUUUGGGACAAAACAAGAAAACACACGUUGUAAACCUCAGACGUGACGCAAAAGACUUGUCACGUGACCUCCAGCGGUUAGAGGUUCAUGGUAAACUCAGAUCUAAAACUCUCUAUUGCCUUUAGCUUGAGUGUUACCCUCUCCUGUUGUGUCAACGAUAUUGUUUGCCAGAAGAAAAUAUCCAUUCUUUCCACGUAUGCAUUAAACAUUUCAUGCUCAGCGAUGAACUCGCCGACACGACCAAACAGUCCAGUGCUGGUCAUUCUGUACCCCACAACACAGACAGCGUUGCCCCAAAACCUUGCACUGUUGAUAUUUGAGGAAAUUUGUUCUCACCUCGUUGCCAAAAUGUAAUAAAGUAAUCAAACUGCAUGACUCAACACUCUAAACAAGACACAUCAUGCAUGUGCUUCGCGCGCGACGAGAUUAUAAACUCACUUUGUUCAGCGCUCCGCGCCUUGCUUCGCGAGGAACUAAUUUGGUUUGUCUCAUGAAAAGUUUUAUGUUUGGCCUAGACCUAAGAAAUUGCGUCCACUAAGUGAUGAGUUUGAGAUGCGUCAACAUGACAAAUUUUAUUUUGUUGUCCAAAAAAUUAUGUACAAAAAAGAAAAAAACUACGUGGAAUGCAAAACAGUCAUGAAUCUUUCCAAGUUAAUUACUGUUUUUGUUCUCAUCAUUUUGAUAUACUUACUGAACUUACUUGAGUUGUUUUGUAUAGAGUGAAGCUUCCCUAAAAGUAAGGAAAGUCUAACUAACAGUAUGAGGACUAAAUAAUAAUUUAUAAUCCCUCCAUUUAAACGUAGCAACGUCUGAAGGGACAUGCUGUUAAUGCCGUCCAGUAACGUCACUACCCGGUUUUCAGGUAGUGACGUCACUUUUAGAAUGCUCUGUUUAUAUGGGGAAAGGAUUUCUUCACAGACUACUUUUUGGAUGUGUUGUAUUUAAAUUCACUUCAUGUUGUCAGUGGUAUGGAUUAAUCCACGUCAUGGAUAGGAAUUAAGCUCUGACAUAGACAGAUAACCUUUAUUAAAAGCUAUAUGAGCUUGUGGAGUUGUUGGAAUUUUUGCUAACUAAUUUCAAUGUGUAUCUAAAAACUAAUGAUAUUUACAAAUAAUAUAUAUAUGAAAAUACAAACUAAAAAUAUUUACAAAUGUAAGAGUAUCAACAGAAUGUCACGUAUAUGUUAUAGGUCAAAUUUGAUUUCAGGUUAAAUAUUUUUAACCCACAAUCGGCGACAAAAUUGUUGAGACAUUGUACUUAAAUAGGGUAUUUUCGGAGAACAAAAGAAACCGCACCCCUCCCCUGUCCCCUCCAUUCAAAGUUGGGGUGUUUGUUGUUUUCUACAGGUAGCUAGAACAAGGGCACAACAUUGCACGGAGGGGAUGGGGGAGGAAAGCUAUAUUUCCUCCUUUUGAAGUUAAUAAAACGUGAAAAAGCCAAGUUUUGGGCGAAGUGUCUCAACUCAUUUUGUCGCCGAUUGUAGGUUGAUUCUCAAUUUCCUUUGUCUCGUAGCCCUAAUUAUUCAUGAAUGAGCGCUAGGAAACAAAGGAAAUUGAGAUUAUCAGUUUGAUCUAGGUUAAAUCAAAAUUAACCUGAAGUCAAAUUCGACCCAUAAACAUAUACGCAAACUCAUCUUUUCUUAUACUACAAGUAGGUGCGGAUGUUAUCUUAAAAAUUAAUUCAUCUAAGAUAUCUAGAGAUUUAAGCCUUACCCUGAGUUUAUGAUUUUGGAUAUCAUUUGCCCAGGUAGUGUAACUGUUGGUCACUAUGUUCCAUAGGACUGAGCCUCUUUACAUAAAAACCGGCUCACACCAAUACGGUAAACCUUCCUUUUGAAAAGAUGAUGGAUCAUUAUUUUUUAGUAUGAAGACAUGAUAUCUUUUUGUUUUAAAAAAUAUAUAAUCAGAACUGAGUGCCCUUGUCUUGGCAGGGUUCAAAAUUGCGACUCACUUGUGAUCAGUGAGUUGCAAUAAUUGCCAAAAAACUCCCACUUUUGUAGAAAAAUUAUUAUUAUUUUUUAUUUAUUUUUGUUGUUGUUGUUGCCCGCAUGUUUUGCUUGAAUAUAUAAAAGUUCUCUCAACAGGCCACCCCUGCAAAGCGCAGCCUUAGGGCAAAGACUUCAUGAAUGCUUCUCUUUAACUGGGAAAUAUCAUAGAAAUCAGAACAAAUAAUUAUGUAGCCAUAUAUGAUAAUUAUAGUUGGUACCAAAGAGACAAUGAUUAAUUGUUUCCAUCAUUAUUAAUAUUAUUUUAGAGAAUGAAAACAUCCUUGCUAGACUCCAGCUGGUAUCAGAAGUAUGAAUGAGACUAAAAAUUGCAAUGGACCCAGAGAAUGACCUACUGGAGCCUACUGCAGAUAAAACUGGCCCAUGUGGUGACCUAGACAGUGAUUAUGAUGAUGAUGAUAGACGAGAGUUGAUAAGCCAUUAUGCCAAUGAAAAAUAUCUCAGUAAAUGGGAAGAGGUUGAUGAUGAGGAGUCACGGCAAGAGCAAUCAAGCACUUUACAUGUUCAUAUACCAAAUAGCUCUAACAAUGAUUCACGGUAAGUAAUACUUUUUAGAACUGAACAUUGUUGUUAUGCUUAAUUAACACUCCUUGGAUCACAUUAGAUUAUGGAAACACUUAACGUACCUGUAGCCCUGCAGGUUCAGUUGGGUUCGGCCUUGUGCACAGCUUAAGCUUGCAGUUGCUGAGCUUCAUUAACUGGGAAAGGAUUACAUUAUUAGAGUCAAACCUCCUUUGUUUUAAAUCAAAAGGUUCAAUUUGUCUAAUGUUAGCCUCAUUCAAAGUAAUGGUUUUUUAUGACCAACGCAAUGUACACCAAAGUCCAAAAAAGUCAAAAGUUCAUGUGUAAAAUAUGAAACUAUCAGCAUUUGUUGACCUCAGACAUUAAUUUGGGCCAAUGUGUCAGCGAAUUUUUCUCAAUUUUCAUGAACAUUUCUAACUCAGAAACAACUUACUGUGUACACUUUCUUUUAAAUGUUGUGGUAUUUUAAGUGAAAAACUUCUCCUUAAGGUUUAAAAACACCUCUGAUAAAUACUUUGUGGAUCAAACACAAAUUAGGCCAGGUGUCUCAAGCUGUCAAAAAGUCACAUACUUUGCAUGCAAACAUAUGUUCAACACCCCUCAAUCUUCAGUUAUUAAUUGGUGGUGAAACAUGCCAUGUUGCUUUCACUUAGAGCAUGUUGUUCCAUCACCUGUCUAUGCUUAGAUUUAAACAAUGACAAUGUGAGUCAUUGGUUGAUAUCUCUCUGUGGCAAUCUGAUAUGUUAUUAUACUGGUACACUGUUCUCCUUAUUAAGCCAUAACUGGUAAAAUUUACCAUCUGAAGCAACACUUCUUACCGCCUGUAACUGUUUGAAAGUUUACUAAAAUAAAAUAAGGUGUUAAAAAAUAUGCAAGUUGUGAUCCGAUCCGAUCAAGGUAUAAAUGAAUGAAUAUAUGGAAGUGAACUAAAGUAUACACAACUUUUCUGUUUAUGGGCCACGCAUUUUGGAAAGAGAGCAUUGAAAACAGAGUGAAAGUAUUGGAAUCAAACAUUUUAAAUUGUAGUCUUAAGUCAACAAUGGCUGAUUUACGUAAAAAAAGGUCUUAAAAUGAGGGAACGACGUUUCAGAGAACUUGGCUCAUAAAUUUCACAGCAAGGUUGUAGCCAUGUCAAUCACCCCACUACCCCACUCCCCCAGGAAAGUGUGCCUCUGGCAAAUAUUUUGUUUGCCUUACCAGCCUUGAAUGGUCUCUUACCUGCUGAGCUAAAAUUUAGGGAGAACACUGCUGGUAUGAAGCCAAAUUAAUUUAUAAUACACACUGUGUUGAUUGUUUUCACUUGACAUCAUGGCAGCCAUAUUUGUGUACAAAACACUGAAUGGGCGGCCAUGUUUGUGUACAAAAAAAUGCUGUGGGAAUUGGACUCUUUUCACAUGUUAAAACUUUCUUUUAUUCCAAGCAAUUUGCAAAGCUGCUGACCAUGUGACUGAAACGAUCUAUAUUUUGUGUUUCAGAGAAAAACAGACAGGGCACAGUAAACUUGGAAAAGAUCAUCUAGUUGCCAUGCCCUUUGACUAUGACAAUAUGUCACUUAUGUCAUACAACAGCAUCAGGGACUGCACCCCAUCAGCUACCCCAAAGACUGCUCCUACAGUACAGUGUUACCCUGGCCAACUCCCUCAGUCUGCUUAUGAAAAUUUACAGGUACACGUGCUGGGCGUAACAUUUGUUCUCCUAUGCAGGGUGAAAAGAAAGUCAGUUGAGUAGGACUUACUUGUGUUAGGUUUUAAGUUCAUCAUCAAUUUGAGUUAUGGCAUAGAAGUAAUUAUGCGUCUUUCUUAGCACAAAAAAGAUCACAGUGAGAUUGCAGAUGUUGGUCCCCCAAACAUAAUUAUAAUUAUGUUAAAAAAGAGUAGCAAAUUAAUACAUAGAUAAAUACAAGUACAUUUACUUUCCCACUAUACUAUUGCUUGAGCUGAAACUGAGCCAGGGGAAAAUAUGUAACUAUUAGUAUUUUGCAUUGCAGAUUAUUGAUAUGAAAACUUUACUAUGCAGAGCUUGUCUGUUUGUUACAUAAACUUGUACUCCAGGCAUGUUUAAAAAAAUGUAGAUGGUUUAGUACUACUGAUUACUACCAUUACUGUCAUUGCUAUAUUCAGUCUCCUCUUCUCUUUUCGUAUUAGAGACCUUUAGAUUCAAGGAUUAGGAAACUUCUCCCAUUUGCGAAGUGAUUGAUAACCUCACUAAAACCGGGUGUUUCUUGAUGUUGUGGAAAGUAUUGUUGAUAACUUAUCACCUGGCUUAUGGUGUUGUAGUGUGUGAAUUAUUCAGUGUCUUUUCAAUCGUUUGUAUUACGUCAUUUUGUGAUGGCACUCUUCCACAACCCCAAGAAACCACCCUAAAACCCGUAGUGGAAUGACGAUCGUUACCACGUUUUCCCGCCAAAAUAACGCUGGUUCACGCGCGCACUACUUAGUAUCGAGAACAUCUCGCCCUCGUAGCCAUCCUCGUCUUAGAAUCCAAAGGUGUCUAUUGCCAAUGCUGCUGCUCUAUGACUACCAUGAUCAUCACCACUCCCACUUAUAUUGUCACUGCAUACUACCACUGCCACUGCCACUAAGAUCUACCAAGUUUUUUUAUGGCUACCAUCACCUUCUGAUGACUGUAACCGCUGCCCUUGUCACUGCUUUUAUUACUCCUUGUCGUCAACUGCAAUGCUGCUGUUAUUAGUGCUGCUUUCACAUCUGCGGUACUGCUGUUUCUGCCACUACUGCUGCUGCUGCUGCGUCUGUUUUCACUGCCACUGCUCCUUAGCGUAACUUAAUUUUUAGCACCUGUCGCCAAUUUUCGGCAGGGUAACGGCAGCAACCUGAGGCCGUUUAUUACUUAGUUCUUGCCUGGUCUACUACCAGUGAUUCACAAAUUUUGGGCCAUUCAUUUUAGCUUUGGAAAGGCUAUGGAGGCAACAUAUACUUCGAUGCUGUCAGAUGCAAGUCAAUGAGAAUCAACAGCGCAAAAUCAGUAAAUACCAGGAAAGAAGACCGUGGAAAGAGAUGGAAAUCCAAGUCGUGUUCUCCUUUAAAGAGGAAAGACGAGGGACAAGCUCACACGACUUGUAUUCCCAACACUCAUGAGGAAGUCCCUCUUACAUCAGUCCAUAAUUUGGGUAGUCUGCGGGUGAGGUCAUGCAAAGAGAAAAAAUGCAAAGUGAUUAACUGCAGGUAUAAGGACUCAAUAAGACCUUUUGCAGGAAAGAUCGCGAAGGGUUUCAGUGAGAAAAUUGUGAAAGAAACAAUUCACAAAGUUCAGGAGGACUACGGUAACAGUUUGCUCAAGGAACAGCCUUUGGCUGUUUCUGGAGGCCAAGUUAAAGACCCAGUUGUAGAUCCCAUUGAGAAAGUGCAACAGUUUAACACGCAGCACGGAUUUCCUGCACUGCUCGCGGACAGCUCUUUCUUCUCGCAUCAUGGUGAGACCAAAAGUUCACGUGUUGCUUCAGGUGACAUUGACCCCUUUAUAAAACUUCCACUCCUUGGGAAGAAUGGUUGGAAGCAUAGACUGAAUGAGGUUGGUUCUGGAGUGGCAGAUGAAGGGAAUAAGUCUGUCAAUGAACCCAAACCGGUGCUCAUUAUUCCUUUUGGUGCAUUUGAUGAUCCAGUAGAUGCCGACUCAGAUUUGAAACGCAAAAUGGACACAAGAGAGAAAGCGUCCAGUAAAACAACUGCAGAUGGAACAGAUACAUCAUUGGGCAAUACAACAGACGUAGGUAAUCACUCAGAAGGGCUUGACAGCAACUUAAACAUUUCGAGUGGUAACAACAAUAACUUUGCUGAAACUGCUACCUUUAGAGGCGGGGAAGGUAGUGUUGGUGUAAAACGUGAAGUCCCUUCCUCCGAUUCAGCAGUCCACGAUGAGAAAUCGCCGAGAAAAGGAAUACCUGACUUUCACUUAAAGAGAGAAAUAAGUAAUCUUUCACUGAGUAAUUACCUAAGGGCGGUUCCCACACCAAGAUCUCAGAAGCACAUCAGACUGACCUCUACUCAAUCAAACCUGAUGCCAAAGAUGAGUUAUACGAAAAGGUCUCGUGCACUGCCUACAUUUUACAUGGUGAAUAACUCACUACAUCAUGUUCAACACUCGGAGGUAAACCAGAGGAUGAUCGGCUCGCAAGUUUAUGGAGGGUAUUAUCCAAGCACUGGGAGGAAGGAGCCCGCAAUAUUUUACGCAGAAAUAAGCACGUGUAAGGAAGGAAACUCGCUAGUUAACAGUAGUAGUGCACAGAACACCAACCGAAGGACUAAGAGCUCAGAUAGUCAUAGAACCAGUGUAAACUCACCAAGGCUUCCAAAGCACGCCCUUGUAAAGGCUAGUUAUGUUUCAAGAAACUCAUUCUCGCGUCAGAAUUCUGAACGGUCACCAAGAGGCGAUGGAAGACGAAGUAGGUCUGAAAAUAAUUUGCUUCCAGUGACAGGCCAGCAAAUUUCUAGGUGUAGUGGGGUUCAUGAAAGAUAAUAUCAAAUUUAAAUAGCCUGUCACUUGUUAGAACUAGUAAUAAGCAAAGGUUACUGAGUACGGGCGACAACGAUCGAAGUUCAAAACGCUUUUGCCCCAGCGCUGUGCUUUGCCUAAGUUUCGCGUGACAUAUAGUCAAAACACGCGUGAUCAGAUUACGAGUGAUAGAAGGUUCAAACACGUGUUGCGUUAUGUGCAUUCCAUACAUUCUUAGUGGAAGUCCAAACGAAUACUGGCUACAUACAUGCGACGCAUGCGUAAUAACAACCUGGAGAUGGAUUGCGGGCUCCUGUUGUAAGCGAACCUCAGGGAUGGAAAUGGCAGAUAUCCACAUUGAGACCAGAAAGCUGCUCGCAUGGUGCUUUGAAAUACGUAUUCAAGUAAAGCAAAAUUUAACCACGCCGUGAUCAGUGAUUUAGAGACGUUUAGAUUUAAGGCUUGUACUCUUACUAGCCCAGAGUCAAUUCAGGUUUAUUUCACUUUUCAAUGGAAAUGCAGACGUUUAUGAAAACAAUAAUUAUCUUAAUAAAUUUCAUUGGACAGACAUAUAGACAACAGAAACUAAGAGUCUUCAAAGCC